AUGCUUGGUGCCGUCAGUCCGGAUUCAUUUGACACCCUUCAUUCCUACAGCAACACUUUUCAAAUGCCUUUUGUCACGCCGUGGUUUCCCGAAAAGGUCCUGACACCGUCUUCGGGUUUCCUUGACUUUGCCAUAAGCAUGCGCCCGGAUUACCAUCGCGCCAUCAUCGACACGGUGCGACACUACGGAUGGAGAAAAAUCAUCUACCUCUACGACUCCCACGAUGGUGAGUCCCAAUCCUCCUAUGCAUUUCUCAUUUUACAGGUUACAUUAUAUACCUACUUCUUUUUCUUUAUCGUGGUCUUUCUUAGUUUUGGUCUACUGGAUACUUUUUUAUGUCUUUUUCUAUCAACUUCAACAUCUUACAGGUCAUAUUUUUCGAUACAAAACUAUGAAGUCAAUUUAUUUUUUAUGUUGUGA